CUGGACACAAUUCCGAAGGAAGCCAAGAAGGAGAGAACAAUGUCCUCUUUACCCGUGCCAUACAAACUGCCUGUGUCUUUGUCUGUUGGUUCCUGUGUGAUAAUCAAAGGGACACCGAUUGACUCUUUUAUCAAUGACCCACAGCUGCAGGUGGAUUUCUACACUGACAUGGAUGAGGAUUCAGAUAUUGCCUUCCGUUUCCGAGUGCACUUUGGCAAUCAUGUGGUCAUGAACAGGCGUGAGUUUGGGAUAUGGAUGUUGGAGGAGACAACAGACUACGUGCCCUUUGAGGAUGGCAAACAAUUUGAGCUGUGCAUCUACGUACAUUACAAUGAGUAUGAGAUAAAGGUCAAUGGCAUACGCAUUUACGGCUUUGUCCAUCGAAUCCCGCCAUCAUUUGUGAAGAUGGUGCAAGUGUCGAGAGAUGUCUCCCUGACCUCAGUGUGUGUCUGCAAUUGAGGGAGAUGAUCACACUCCUCAUUGUUGAGGAAUCCCUCUUUCUACCUGACCAUGGGAUUCCCAGAGCCUGCUAACAGAAUAAUCCCUCCUCACAUUUUCCCCUACACUUUGUCAUUAAAACAGCACGAAAACUCACA